AUGAGUACCAAUGAUCGAAUCCCAUCCAAUUUACCGAUUCUUGAUUCGAAGAAUUACGACAAGUGGUCUAAACAAAUGAAGGUCUUGUUUGGAUAUCAAGAAGUUCUCGAUAUCGUCAACAAUGGUGUCACACCUCUUGGGGCUGAACCUACAGCUGCACAUCAAGCCACUUUCAGGGAAGAGAAGAAGAAAGAUUACAAAGCUCUCUUCUUGAUACACUCUUGUGUCGAUGGUGAUAAUUUCGAAAAGGACGGUGAUUGCGAGUCCGCGAAGCAAGCUUGGUUAAUUCUUGAGAAAGCAUAUGCUGGGGCUGCGAAGGCGAAGGUUGUGAGGUUACAAAUUCACAAGAGGCAAUUCGAGUUAACGCAAAUGGAAGAUAAGGAAGCGAUCAACGAUUAUGUGACGCGUAUUACGCGCUUAGUGAAUCAAAUCAAGUCGUGUGGGGAAACUAUCUUAGAGCAGAAUGUUGUGUCAAAAAUCUUACGUUCGUUGACGUCAAGAUUCGACAACAUUGUGGGACAAAAGGGUGAGAGAAGCAACUCAAAUGGUGAUGGUGAUCGAAGCAACGCGAGAGGUGGAAAACCAAGAGACAUGAGCAAAAUACAAUGCUGGAAAUGUAAGAAACUUGGGCAUUUUCAAGCAAAGUGUGGUGCUAAACAUCUUGAAACUAAAGGGGAUGAAGCCAAGGUUGCUAGGCAAGAGGUGGAUGAUGAAGCCACACUCUUAAUGAUGAUUACCGAUGAGUGCGACGGCAUGACAGAGGUGCUGGACAGCAGCUGCAGCAGUGCAGAAAAAGCGACAGUUUUGAGUUCGGAACAAAAUGUGAUGAUUUCUGUUCGUGAUGGAACUGAAGGCAAAGAGGAGUGGUACUUAGACUCCGGAUGUUCAACGCAUAUGACGGGAAGAAGAGAUUGGUUUGUGCAAAUCAAUCAAGUGGCGAAAAACAAAGUGAAGUUUACGGACGAUUCCACUCUCAUGGCCGAAGGUGUCGGUGAUGUGUUGAUCGAGAAAAAGGAUGGUGGACAUUCUAUGAUCAAGGAUGUGCUAUAUAUUCCAGGUAUUAAGUGUAAUCUUUUGAGUAUUGGUCAAUUGCUCGAAAAAGGUUACAACAUACGGUUGGAAGAUAAGAUCUUGCGGGUUGUUGAUGCUAGUGGUGUGUUGAUCCUAAAGGCCCCCAUGGCUACCAAUAGGACCUUCAAAGUUGAACUGAAAGUAUUGGAGCAUAGGUGCUUAGCUACAGCUGCAAGUAGAGAGGAGUGGUUAUGGCAUUAUCGUCUCGGUCACUUGAAUUUUCGUGAUCUCAAAGCGUUGCAACAAGAAGAGAAAGGAUGA